GGCAGCAGACCGCCGCUUCGAUGCGAAGCCGAAAUUCCGCAUGAUUGAUGUAGUUGACAGACAUGGGCAUCUCGAAAGAGAACAUCACAUACCUCAAUCGCCAUGGCUACUUCGGCCGGGUACCAUUCACCGCCUCUAUGGAGGAGUUCGAUGUCGUCGAGCCCGCACGAAAAUUGUAGCCUGUGGACCUAUUCAAGUAUCUGUUCAUGGUAGAAGUGGUCGGGGCCGGCUUUGAUAAGCCCGCGAGCACUGGGUACUAUGCUCUGCGAUUUCCACGAGUAUUGAAAAUUCACGAGUACCGCUCACUUCAGGAUGCCGUCAGCUUUGAGGAGCUGCAGAAAAUGGCGCAAAGCUGCCUUAGGAUACCUGAAAAUGGAGGACAGGAGGAGCAACGUUGGUCUAGGAGGCUGCGUGGUUUUGAGACCAUGUUUGACAGGUCGAGGACUGCCUCUCCCAGCGACAGCGACGUGUCUGGCGCAGGUAUGUGCAGACAGUCUCGUCAACCGGCAAGAGAUUCUGGUGCCAGCAGAGUACAACUGUCUAAGCACGUAGUCCAUAUCCACUUUGAUUAAGGGGGAAGCCACCGAGCGGUCUCCCUCCUCCGUCGACCACCCAC